GCUCGCCGGCGCACACGCACGAUACCGCUCAGUGCAAUAUGUCCGCGCGAGUAGUUACCGCGUUUGUAGCGCUGGCCGCGACCGUCGCGUGCGCCGCCCGAUCGCAGGAUGCCGUCAUCUGGGUAGACGUUGCCAAACGCGGCCCGACUCUGACCGACGUGGUUCCUCCUGAGGAAAUAAAGAGAUACACUCCAGGGCUCGCUGAACAGCUGGAGAACGUGAAGGCUGACACUCUUCUCCUGUACACGGAGUAUACUGCGAAGGCUGGCUCAGACCUGAAGUCAUUUCUAACCAACGUCACCAAUUACGUCAAGUUGGCCGUCGAGGACGUCGGCGUCGAAAUUCGCAAUGACGGUCGAUGUCGCGCCGUAUUCGACCAUCGUCUCCAUAAGAUCGAAGUGGAUUCGCAUAAGGCGGCCAGCUUCAGCGCCGACAACCACCACAAGUUCCUGCUGGGUCACAUGGUCGUCUUCCGCAUCCAUCUUAAUAAGAGCGAAGACUACAUAAAAAAAAGCGACCGAGCUGUAAGGAGCUGCGGUACAUCAUGUGAGACCACGCCGCGUGUGCAACGCUGGCGCCGCAUGGCAGCGGAGGAGAUUCACCGGGUCCAGGACGACCUGCAGCAUUCCCGCCGCUCCUAUAGGGACCUCGUGAACCACGCCCGUCGAAGACUCAACCACCUUCGGAAGCUGAUCACCACGAGGGUGCAGGACGCAGUGUUCGAGUACCAGGAGUGCAUAAGACGAGGGUAGAUUAGUGAUGGUUGUGAUAACAAUCGAUACCGUAAUAAGAAAGUUCUAGAAGCUAAGUUGCAGAUAUAAAUUGACCAUAGCUAAAGAGCUAAUGGGUUACCUAAAAACAGAAGAUGACCUCUCCCUAGAUUUAACUAAUGCUAUGAUAACGGAUGUUGCAUAUCAAAUUUGCAAAGUUCCACAAAACUCGACGGCUAAGUAUAUACUAUACUCGAUUCAGCUAGACUACCAACUCAUUGUUCAAGAACCGAUAAUUCGUCUAUGCUUAAUUUAGCCAUAUAAAUAUAUGCUAAAUAUACUUAUUGCGGUAUAUAUUGAAAGUUGUAUGUAUUUAUAGUUUGAGGAUCGGUGCAAAGACUCUGAGCAACCAGUGGAUGAGGUGCUGAUAGUUAAAUAAUGUGCCAUUUACGUGCCGUGUUGUACUUUAAGGAAAGGAAUGAGUAUAAGACUGUACUAAAUAUUCUAAAAAUAAGAUAGUACUACUUAUACAAUCUCUUCUAAGGAUACAAUCGAUCAGCGUCCUUGUUGAUGCAUCAUUUCAUGUUGAAUAAGUAUUUUGCUAUCAUUACAAUAGAACUCUUUUUUCGUUUGUAAAUCAGAGCAAAUAUUUUCCAAGUAUCUACCAAGGUAGUUAUUAGUUAAUAUUUCCAAAAUUGUCUUGAACCGGUUUGGCGAUGGCCUCGCCCCCAUAUUACAUCAUGGGACGAAACACACUUGGCGAAAAUUGGGCGUCCUGGUUGAGCCUCUUCAUACCCUUUCGGAGAUAAAUGCACGAUGUGUAUAUUGUCAUGAAUCUGUAAAUCCACUGUAUAUGACAAUGAUAGCGUAGUCCAAAUAUAAUGUGGAUCAAUAUAAGAUAUCUCGCAAAAAUCCCUAUAAAUUUUUUAGUUUUCAAUUACCAGUAUUUUGAGUACAACACGACGCAUUCGGUUACCUAAACAUAGAUGUUAAUAAUUUAUUUGUAUUUAAUUGGAUGGACAUGUGAUUCGAUGUGAUGAACGAAAUUAUAUAAAAUUCUAGAUGUAAUUUUUAAUAGAAUUACUGUGAUAGUCAAAAUGAUCGAUCACUUCAUCUGAGAAGAUGUUUUAAUGUAACCAUAUCAGCUCGUAGUCUCUGAGUUUGGAAUGAAACUAUGGCUAUAGUUUUAGAUAGUAGAAAAAAUACAAUCGCUCUCUUAAUAAAAUAAUAACCUAUUCCAAAAUUGUUAAUUUGUGGGAAUCGUCAAAAAACUCAUUUCUGUUAUGACCUUUUUAUUUUUCCUUUUUUUCAUGCUAUAGGUUACAUUUUGGACUUAUCUUUAACAAGUUCAAUUUUAUAGCAACUUAAAAAAGGUCGCAAGCAGAAAUGGGUUUUUUGACGAUUCCCACAAAUUAACAAUUUUGGAAUAGGUCAUUAUUUUAUUAAGAGAGCGCAAUAUCAGCUAUUGCUGAAGUCGGUGGAUGGUCUAAAUGAAGGAGGCACAUGAAGAUUAGGAAAUUCAUAGAAUUCGUGCAGUACGUAAGUGGUAAUACAUUUGUGUUAUAUGUUUGUAAGUCGAAGCGUGCAGUUAACUUAAAACAAACUCAAAGUGCUCUCUUUAAUCCCCGGUGUAACUAAAGAGCAAGGUGGAGGUCUGACUGCAACCAAAGCAUUAAUAAUACAUAAGAUAAUUAACGAGAUGUUGAACAUUAGUUGGUAACUUGUAGUAAUCUUACCAACAUUGCAUUGCAAAGAUACUUCACUACAUUUGAAGGUACAGUGCGAAUAAUAUUGACAGUUACAACUCUUCACUUACUAGUAAGAUUGAAGGUAUGUGAUACUGAUUACACGACCACCCGGGAAUCAACCACUACCAUUGUGUUGUGGUUGACCUCGGAAGAGGGUCGGCAGCGACUGGAUGCAAAAACAGCAGACAGGGCACUGUAGCGUACCUUGGGAAAGCCCUAUGUCCAGCAGCGAACUGCAACGGGCUAAUGAUAAUCAUCCCGGAUCGGGGAUAUGGCAGAUUUAGAGUAAUUUAAAACUUAUCUUCUCAGAUGAUGCGUGAUUUUGUCGUUGUGCAUAACAUAGCUAUAAGUACAAUGUUGUUCUAGUGAUUUGUAUGGCGAAACAGAAUGUUUGUACUUACAACGUAUUUUAUUAAAUAAAUUUAACUAA